AUGGCCGCCAAGACUGAUAUUUUCGAGAAGGCCGUUCAGCUAGGUGUCCAAGGCGAUGCAGACGGGUUAUGGCAUCUUCUGACCGAGGAAAGAGAGGUCUUGGACCAGAGCAAUGAGGACGGCAAGACCCUGCUGUACCUUCUCUGCGCCGCAUGCACAGAGGAUGGUGCCAUUCCGAGCCGCCACGGCACACCGGAGCAACUGAACGCAGUGACCGCCGUGCUCAAAGCCGGCGCGGAUCCUGCAAAAUCCACCACGACCGGCAUGGCGCCACUUCAUGUGGCUGUGAUGGGGGACCAUGUGAGCUUGGUCCGGUCACUUCUGGAGGCCCGCGCCAACAGCGCGGUAGGGACGCUGCUUGAUGGCCGGGCCGACAACUCGGGCAGCCCGUUGGCCUUGGCUCUCUUCUACGCGAAGGCAAAGGUUUGCCCAGAAGUUGUUGAGCUCUUGGUCCAGAGUUCCGGUGCUGCACCCAACCUCAGGACUGCAGCAGCCUUGGGUCAGCCCUUGGACAGCUUUCUUACUGAGAAGGGGCUCUCCAAGCAAGCUUUCCAGGGCUUGGGGUUUUAUCGUCCCAUUCCAGCUUUUCCUGAGUGGCCAGCCCGCUUGGAGUGGAUAGCUAAACAGCAUGGUUCCGAACCUGUAGAGGUUGACAAGGCUGUUGAGCAGUCUGUGCUCGAUGAAGCCUUGUCAUGGGCAGCCAGGAACAAUCAGGUGGAAUCGAUGGUGCAACUUUGCAAGGCUGGGGCGAAUGUCAACAGCAAUGCUUUCCGUGGGACGCCGUUACUGUGGGCAAUUUACAGUGAUAGCUGCGAGGCUGCGGAAUGGCUUCUAAACAAUAGGGCUGACCCGAAUCUUCGGCAUGACUUUGGUGGAGCCGAGCAUGGAAAAGGAGCCGUGGCAAUGCACCUCGCGGCCCAAUACAGCAGCCUGAGGUGCCUACGCCUUCUGUUAGAGAGGGGAGCGCUCGCUACAAUCAAAGAUGCUGCACACGGUGGAACACCAGUGGGCUGGGCGCAGUUCUUGAACGCCGCUGACAGUCUUGAGUUGCUCGCACAGUACGGCCACAAGCCGGCAGAGGACCCAACAGCUUCCACAUAA